UCGCGAAUAUAUCGUGCAAAACAGGAUUAUAUGUUUGUACAAUUUAUUGUGAAUUGUUGUAGAAAGUGCACUGUACACAUUGUAAAUGUCUUAGUCUGGACUUAUAAUUGAAUGUAAACAAAUAAAAACCAGUGUCGUCAGAUAUGUCUGCUCAUGUCACAUUCAUUGAUGCAGACACAGCCUGAAAACUAGUGCCUACUCAAUCUGACGAUCACAUUAUUGACAACCGCCUCCAUCGUUGUACAAGCACCAGUCAAACAUAAUUUUUCACUGUCAGCACGGAGGAGGAGAUGGAAACUUGCUUUAAAUAAUAGAGGAGCAAUGUGGUAGCCACAUUAGCAAUUGUUCUUAGGAAUAUUCCUUUGAGAAGUGUUUAAUAAUGAAAGUGAUGUUGAUAAAGAAGACAAUUUUAAGACAGUUCUGUAGUCUGGAGUAAGGAUUCAAUUCAUCUGACAACGUUUGAUCGAUGUGAAUCAGUACCACAUGUGUCAAAGGAAUUAUUAAAAUUAUUUUCAUGGUGAUAUAUUGUAUUCUAAGAGCUCUCCGAUAUAACAUAAGUCUAUCUCUUUAAAUCUAGUAUAAUGUUUUUAUUGAAUGGUUCGAUCGUAGCGUACCGUUUCUAAGAUCAAAACAUAUUUAUUUACUUAAUUUAGUAAAUAAAUUGACGAAAGAGCUUAGAUAUUGAAUUGAAAGUAUAUCAAGUCUUUGAAAAAUACGUUCCAAUACAUACAAAAAUACAACCGCUGGACACCUAAAUUUCGAAACAAACUCUUCACAUUUAAAAAUAAUAUGGGGUGUCUCACAUAUAUUCGAGCUUUGAUUGUUCGACUUUUGUUUGCGUGUCACGGGGUGAUUGCAAUAUGGCGACUUUACAUGGUGAUCGGAAGGGUAUGGUGUUGGUACCUCAGCGGGGCGCUUUUCUUGCUGUUCCUCGAGACGCUUGUUACCAUUGCAAAGAAGAGGGGGAAUGAGUGGAAAUGGUUUUGCCCAAGCGUGUUUUUUUACCUAUUGAGCGUGGUACCAGCCAUCUGGUUCCUCGAGCUGAACGAGAUCGACAAACGAAUAGCAGCACGAGCUAGCACACUGAAUGCUACAAACCUAACCAUAGAAACGUCCGGCAAAAAUGACACCAAGGAGUCGUUAAAUUUGAAUUUGGAGGAUCUUGGUCUUUCCAUAUCUAUCCCAUUAGCAAUCAGUGCCGACCUAUGGUUGCGAGUUUUGGAGCAAUUCUUACUCCUUAUGCUGAUUGUUGGGCGGUGGAUUUUACCAAAGGGUUCCAUAUCACAUGAUCAAUUGUCCCAGUUGCUGCUUGUGUAUGUUGGAACGGCUGCCGAUAUUGUUGAGUUUUAUGAGGCCUUUAGCGAGGAACAGGUGAAGUACAACCGACUUCUGUGUUAUAUCAUCCUCGGCAUUUGGACUGUGUCCCUUCUGCAGUUCACCAUGGUCCUAACGGCCACCCGGGCCCGCCGAGAUCAGAUUGGGCUUCCAAUGCAACGUCCGGAAGAGAACACAGAUGGAUGUUGCAAUACGGAACUAUUUGGCAUCCUGACUUCAAUUGCACUUCAGGAUCUUCCGUUCUUGUGUGUCAGACUGAUUCUUAUAUUCAAAUAUCGAGUGGUGUCCUACACAAACAUGUUUUUCACUUCGAAGAACUCGCUAGUGAUAAUUUUGUUGCUCUAUAGGCUGAUUGUGGUGCAAAGCGAGGCAAGGAAGAGAAAAAAGAAGCACAGGCAAAGCCUGACAUCAAUGAUGUCACAGAUGAAUGAUUUCACUGCAAAUGGUGAAAGCAAACAUUUAAGACAUAUACGGAACAAUAAUCGAUCCAAGAGUACACCAAAUGUCCACCAGGCCAUCGACAACUCGUUGCCAAGACAUUUGAGAAAGAAGGCAAUGCUGCAAGUUCAAAAUAAACACAGCGCAUCGACAACGACCAUACCGUCGGUUUGUACUUCUGAUUCAAAUCUGAAACUAAUGGACAAUUCUCGUCGUAAAAGUGCUAGCCCAUUGACACUGUAUAAAACUUGAGGUAACCGAGGGACAAUACUGUUGUGUGUACUGAUUUGAUUUUCUUAUGACCCCAGAUGAUUUUGAUAUCAUUUGAAAGUUCUGUACGUGUAGAAAAAUAAUUUGCCGAACAAUAUAUCACUAACAAGCUAUUUUGGCCUUCAACAAAAAGCAACCAGUGCAGUUGAAUUCUAAAUAAAGAACCAAUAACUUUAUCUUAAAACAUCAGUUUGUAGUUUGUGGAGUUUAUAUUCAAUAUGAGCAAGUAAUGCCCUUUUAAAGUAUACUAAGAUUAUAUGGGGUCACAAGGCAUCAAAAGUAACAUUAUUACCAAAUUAAACAAUAAGUUAUCUGUUCAACGGUUAUCUGAAGUUUUUCUUGGAAAUCUAAUCCAAAGAUUUUUCAUUUUGACCAGUGCAUACUGUGUAUCGUCAAGAAUAUGAUAUAGUCACAGAAAGGUACCUGAGUAGAUCAGGUUGGCAUAUGUGAAACUUUAGAUUUUCAUUUUGAUAUCAUGAACGGAUUUGAUGAUUGGAUACACAUUGCGAAUCUGAUAAAGGCAUACGAUGUUACCAGUACGCUUUUUGUUGCAAUCUGUAUAGUGUUUAGAGGAAAGUCCUUCUUAACCCAUUUGAAGUAAAAUAUGACGCAAGCUUUUGUGGCGACAAACAUGUGAGAACCAUUAUAUCGUACAGGAAUUUACAACUGCUUUACAAGACAAUAUUAAGCGUUCAAUAAGUGACUUAAACCUAUAAGAGCUAUGCCGCAGCAUGUGCGUAUAAUUAUUUGAUUCAAAGGAUUAAAACUAUUGACUGUAAUCAUGUUCUAUACCUUUUUGAUUCUAGAUGAACUUAGAAAUAGCUGAAGCUAUGGCCAUAACGUUUAAGUCAAUAAAUGAGAGUGAAUAGUCACUAAGGCUUUGAAUCUGUUUAAAGAUCUAUAGAACGUUAAUUUCAUCUUCACCAAACAAACAUUAUAACCAUGUAUAUGUGGUAGUCAUGUCAAUGUCAUGAGAAUGACCAUAGAACCAAAGAUAACAUAGUCAAUGCCUUUACAGAACAAAGUGAUCGAUUGGACUCAUUAACGAUGCGAUCUGCUGGCCAGAAGUAUCAAGGAACAUUAAAUGUGUGUCGAUGUAAAUACGAAAAGAAAAGAGUAAUAACAAUAAUUGAUAUGAAAUGUGCGAAUUUUAUUAUCGUUUUUAUUUGAAUAAUCGUAUCUCUAUAUAGCUAAUACGUCUAUAGUCAAAAUAUUGUUAAGGCAUAGCACAUUUUAUUUCAUAUUUACCAACAAAUACACCCAAAACUAACAAUCGAAAGAAUACCUGAAAUAACGACGUCAUCUUACCGCCGCUUUGUCUAAUAGGUUAUGUUGCACCUUUUACAAAAAUGGAACUAUAAGAGUGGUUCAAUUUUGUAAUGAUCAUGUUGCUUAAACAUCUUGUUAAAUUGUAAUAUUAAUAGUUUGGUACAAGUCAUUUUGACAACAAUAUUUUCUUUAAAGUUGAAUUCACACGUUUAUUUUUUUUAUAUUAUGAAAAUAAUAUCACUUGACGUCAUCUGAUUGCUUAACCACACCUAGAUUUAUUACUGAAACUGAUUGUAUUGUUAAACUAUCUAUAAAACUGUUGUCAAUGUUUGUUUUCUAGAAGGACAAACUUCGACAAAAAUACUUUUUGGAACGAACAUGUUUCAUUAUUUGCAAUUAUAAAAACAACGUUUCUUAUAAUCAUUUGAUUGAUCUGUCUUGCUCUACCUGACAUGGGCAAAUCAAUGGAAGUUUAAGAGUGCUUACUUUUAGCAAUGAUAUUUUUACUAAAACAUUUUAAACUGUAGUCAAAAUAUUUUUAAACGAAAAGUUAAGUACAUUAUAUUUACUUGAAAGAAGCAUUAUCGUGCUUCCUUUAUUUCAGUUAUGCAACAAACGUCAUCUGGCGUUUUUUUAUUGUUCCGUCAUGCUCUGCCUAUCCAUGCCUUAUUAGAUCAAGCAAAAUAAGUAUACCUUGGUACAUACAUGUUUGCUCUUUAAGAAAACAUUCAGACAAUUUCUAUGAUAUAAAUCAAUAGACAUCAACAUAUUCCUAACACAGAGUCCAAAAUUUGUAUUCAUAAUAUAUAUAUAUGUCGCAUAAACUUCACAUUUUUAAGACGUUCUGUCGUUGGCGCCAUUACAAGUACAAUUUCCAAUUUCCAUGUACAUAUGUAUAAAAAAGGAAAAUGUAGGGUUAUUCAUGGGUCUGACAUUGGUCUGUGUCUACAGUAAGUUAAGUUUAUAUUUAUACUUGUAAUCUUGUAACUCGAUGCCAGACAGCUCGACAUAUGAGAGACAUAGAUUGGUGAACAACUAAACUUCCAAUUAUAUCAUAUAUCCCGGGCGUCUGGCAGAAAUGCAACCGAAACCCAUUUGUUUAGGUAGCUGCUGAGCCAGCAACCGGCUAUAUUAGAACAAGCACGACUAGGCCAGGAAGCCUAUGGAAUACGAGUUAAUGCCUGUUUUCUUUAUUUUAUAUUACCGCCAGUUUAUGAUACAAGGUAAACGGUAGAUUAUGUAAUCUGAAAUACAAGAAAUGAUUUUAUUAUCAUACGAUUAAGUCGAUUUAGUACAGCAGUAUAUUAUAAAACAUAAAGUUGUUAUUCUCUUUCAACAAAUGAUAUUGCGAAAUACUUUAUUCGAUUCCGUGUCAUCAUUACUUUUUGAGUUUAAAAGUUUACAAGCUUAAGAAAAAUGAUAUAUAUAAGUCGAUAUCAUCAAUAAUUAAUGGUAAUUAAGAUUAUUUCAGAGUAUGUUUGAGUCAGUAAUGGUCAGUGCACCCUCUGAUACAUAUUCAUUUUGCAAACGAUUGUUGAGGCCAUAUGAUAACAUUCUCUUGUAGGACUUGCUACCCGCGCAAUUAGUGUUUCGUAAUAUUUAAUCACUCAACACCAUGUACUUUAUAAAAUCCGUGUUGAUUAAUUUGUUUUCCUUUUAUUAGAUGCAUUUUAUUUUUUAACUUGAUUUUGUAUAGUGUGGGUUUGUCAUUUGUAUUUUACAAAAUAAAUGCUUUUUCAUAUCAAACACAUGCAUCUUUAAAUUAAACCAACUGUUUACAUUUUUAAAGCAUAUGUUGAACACUUGCGUUCAACAUAUUAUUUUACAAUUGUUUUUGUAUGCGAUUUGACUGAUAUAUUAUACAUGUUUCCUUAUUUAGAUGUUCAUAUUUCCUGUUUUCAUACUGAUGCU